UAGUAGUGAGGUAAAGAGUAUACUCUAGGUUAGACAAGGUCGUUGGUGAAAAUGCCGUACACCAACGAGGAAUAUCUGCCUAGUUAUCAGGAAUUAACUGUUCCUGAAAUACAGUUAACAUCGGCUGUGUUAAGAGCGGGUGCACACCACUUUGGAAAAUACUGCGAUAAUGUUUGCAAGGAGUUUAUGCUGUGCCAUUCAGAAGAAAAGGAUCCCAGGAAAUGCUUGAAUGAAGGGAAAGAGGUUACAAAAUGUGGAUUUGAUUUUUUUGGCAAGGUGAAGAAGAAUUGCUAUGAGGAGUUUACGAAGUACUGGCAGUGUAUCGAUCAUUCAGGCCAUGAUAUGAACUUAAAAAACUGUAGACGCACACAGGUCCUGUUUGACAACUGUGUUAAGGAAAAUCUGGGACAAGAACGUCCUCCUCUAGGAUAUUUUGCGAAGGUCCGAACCCACGACACCAACCGAGUUAAACCUAGGGCCCCUGAACACAUACUGCCAGAUCGUCCUGCAGAGAUCCCCCCACUGCCCGCUGAGCCCGACCCCCGCGCUAGGAAUGUACCAGGGAUGUUAUAACAUCACUACCACGGGGUGGUCCCUCUGUACAUAGUGCUGAGAUGGCUGUAGACAUGAUGCUAGUGUGCUACCACAGAUAACCUAUUUGGAAAAGAUUGUAUUUAACUCUAGAAGGUUCAUGUUACCAUGGUUUCCAUUUAAAUUCAUUGUUUUAUGGGAAGACACUACUGAGUUGAUGCUCUGACUGUGCUGAGACAAGUUUCAUUGUUAUGAAUUAGGUAAUAAAGAGUGUGAAAGAGA